AUGCAGAUCCGAGUGGUUCAGAUCUGGGGUUUCUUGAUGACGGUACUGGGCUGGAUCUUUGUGGCGUGUACAAUGGCCAUGGAAGGUUGGAAGAUCACCUCUGUCGGAGGAAUGGGAGGUUCCUCCAUCUUGAAGGUGGCGUGGUACUGGUCCAGUUUGUGGAGAUCUUGCUUUACAGAUUCAACAGCUGUUAGUAAUUGCUACGACUUCCCCGUGCUUUGGUCCGUGGAGGGUCACAUCCAGAUUGUCCGCGGUCUGCUGAUGGCUGCACUAUCAGUAGGCAUGCUGGGCUUCGUGCUUAGCAUGUUGGGCAUGGAGUGCACUUUUCUAGGUGGGAAAGACAAGUCAAAGUACAGGAAGAUCUACACCGGUGGCUGCUGUCAUAUUAUCAGCGGUUUACUCUCCACGAGUGGAUACGCUGUAUAUGCACAAUAUGUCUCAGUAGAAUAUUUCAACCCAAACUUUGAUGGGCUUAAGUUUGAUCUUGGCACCCCGCUGUUCCUCGGCUGGGUCGGCUCCGCCUUUCAGAUGGCUGGUGGUUUCUUCUAUCUGUGGUCAGUUUGCGGGCCACUGUGUGGACAAGAAGAAACAGUGAUUAUCCGACAAUUACCCGAUCCGGAAAAAGACCCCAAAACAAAAUCCACCACAGAACUGUCCUCAGUGUCUGGAAUCACCUCCAAGACCAAGGUGUCGACGGUAUCCGAGCUGUCAUCGGAGCGUUCCAACUUAUCCACCAUCUCUUCAAGAUCAACAUCUGUAGGCUUUGCCAAGUCUGACCGCGGUUUGAACACAAAGAGAACAACCGCCUCUGCCAGAUCAGCGUCAGGUUCGGAGUCUGGCCUCUUGUCCAGAUACAGCGCAUCAACAAUAUCCGGGUCGGACAGCAGCACCAGUCGAGUGUCAUCGGUGUCUGGCAGCUCAAAGACUCAGAAGGCAUCUUUCCUAAGGAACUCCUACAUUUGA